UUUGAAAUGUCUUCGGAGGACGAAGAUAAGCUCCAGGGUGACACUGAGCAACCGUCGGCGAAGAAAGUGUGCCUUGAGGAAGCGGAAAAGGUGGAGAAAUUGCCAGAAAACUGUGCCGGCGAAGCUCCUGCGGAAGUUCUCUCGAAGCGAAGGAUCAAGAAGCUGGCCAAGCUGCAGAAGUGGGAGGUGCGGAAGAAGAUAAAGCGACAGGAGGAGAGGGAGAGACAGAGGAUAAAGCGACAGCAAGCUGUUCUGGCCGGCGUGGAGAGAACAGCUCCGACCAGGAAAGAGCUGAAGUACAACACAACAUCCAAGAGUCCAAAUCCUAUUUCCGUGGCUGUGGAUCUGGAUUUUGACGAUCUGAUGAUUGACAAGGACAUCUGCAAGUGUGUCAAGCAGCUGCUGAGGAUAUACACGGUGAAUCGACGCUCGCAGACGCCAAUUCCGCUGUUUUUCACAGGAAUCCGGGAAGAUGGUAGGAUUCACAAGACACUGGAGCGGAAUGAUGGGUACCAGAACUGGGAUGUGACGAUUUCCCACCAAUCCUUCCUGGAUUUGUUCGAAAGGGACAAGAUUGUCUAUCUCUCGAGUGAUUCUGACCACGUUCUGGAGUCUCUGGAGGACAACCACGUGUACAUAAUCGGCGGUCUCGUGGACCACAACUCACAGAAGGGGCUCUGUCUGAAAAUCGCUGAGGAAAAGGGUCUCAGGCAUGCUCGAUUGCCACUGAAUGAGAACGUUGUGAUAAAGACAAGGACUGUCUUGACGAUAAAUCACGUUUUUGAAAUACUGCUGCGCGUCACGGAGAAGCAGUCCUGGAAGGAGGCAAUUCUCAGCGUUCUGCCGAUGCGAAAGGGUGCUAAAGCCAUAGAUUCAUCUCAAGACGCUACAGCGUGAGGCAAUUCAACUCAAUUCACAUGCUUUACAAGCAAUUGCGCGACGAGUAAUUGGACAUAACUAUGUGAAUAAAUGUCUGAGAUUUUUGUAGUUUUGCUAGAGCUUUUCGCCCCUUGUUUGUC